CACUAGGUACUUGAGAAAGUUAAAGAACAAUGUUAAAAAUAAAGCAAGGGUUGAAGGUUCAAUAUGCAAUGCUUACUUGGUAGAAGAAGCAAGUGCAUUUUCUGCUCAUUACUUUGAAGCACAUGUAAUGACCAGACAUCGAAAGGUUCCACGCAACUUGCAUGAAUUUGUCUCUGAUGAUGACAUACCGGGUAAAUUAAGCAUAUUCAAAUGCACAGGUAGAACUAUCGGAAAAGGAAAAUCCAGAUAUAUGACUGAAGAUGAAAUCCAAGCUGCUCAAACAUAUAUUCUAUUAAAUUGUCCAGAGGUUAAAACAUAUAUUGACAUUUAUGUGGAGCGAGUAAAGUCGACACAACCAAAUAUCACAGAUGCAGCUGUUGAUGAAAAACUAGAGAGAGACUUUGUCAAAUGGUUUUACAAGUAUGCCCAUGAAUUGCCAAACAAUGUACAAAAUCAGCUUAUACAAGAUGUGGCAAAGGGACCACUCAGAAGUGUCACCACUUUUAAUGGGUAUUGUGUUAAUGGAUGUAAAUUCAACACAAUCAAUGGAAGUUCAAGUAGUAACUCAAUGAAUUUUGGUGUAUGUAUAAAAGGGAGUAAUUACAGUUCUGAAGAGAGUGACUACUAUGGACAGUUGGUCGAGGUGUUACGAUUGGAGUAUCCAGGGCUACCAAUUAAGCGGACUGUACUUUUCAAAUUUGACUGGUUUGAUCCAACACCAAGUACGGGCACCAAGGUACAUAGACAGUAUAGAAUUAUUGAUAUUAACAAUAAGCGUAGAUACAGUAAGUACGAGCCAUUUGUAUUGGCCUCUCAGGCAACACAAGUCGUUUAUGCUUCAUACCCGAGCAAGCGUCGUGACAAAAAUGAUUGGUGGGCUGUGAUGAAAGUUAAAGGUAGACCCAUUGUUGAAGUAUCUCAAACGUCUUCAAAGACAUAUGAAGAUUAUGCUGAAAGGAAGACGAAUUUCUUAGUGACCCUGAUUCUGAUGCAAAUGCAGACGGUGAUAAUGAGUACAAUUCAUAUGAAUCAGACUAAAUUCAUCUAUAUACUAAAGAAGUUUGGAGUUGUAUAUUUCAUUUAUUACUCAAUGAGGGGACGUGGAAGGGUUAGCAAGCCCAGAGGACCGGUUCAACUUCCUGCAAGUGCAAGUCAAGAGGACGCAAAUACAGAUGACGGACAAGAGCAUGAGGCGCAUAUACCACGGCCACCGACGGGACUUGGGGAUACGAAACUUCAGAUAUGGGUACCACUUGCAUCCAGUGUACAGCCAUCUCAUAGAGAUCGAUCAUAUACACCAGUUCCACCAUCUGCCGAUGCACAGCUUCCCCGUCCCCUUCCACCACCUCACCGUCACAGUUUACAUCCUCACCACCCUACUGCAGCUCCACGACCAGCGGUAUCACAUAUACAUUCACCUCAUUUUGCAUCCCCUUCUGGUACUGCAUCCGCUAGAGGGACAGGAUCUGCAUCAGCAUCUACUCCAUCAUCUACUCUUGCAUCUGCUCCAGCAUCAGCUGCAUCGACCACUGCUGUAGGCGGAACACAGUCAUUCCGACAGACUAUUUCACUCAUUAACAACAAUUUGCAUCCGUCGGAGAUGUGCAGCCGCAGGAUAACUCUGAUAGUGAAAGAAAGAUUGGUCGAGGAAGGCCACUGUUGGAAGACUGUGCCCAAUGAAACCAAGGAGUUUUAUUGGCAGGAAUUCAAGAAAUACUUCCUAUGGGACCAAGCAAUUGACAGCUUGGUAAAAAUUGCCUGGCAGAAAAAGGCAGCUGAGCGAUACAGGGGCUUAAUGUGGGAAAUCCGGAAAGGGAAGGCGAAGAAUCUUGCAACCCCUGAUUCUGUUUUGAGGAAGUGGCAGGAAACUUGGAACACUUCUGAAUACAAAGAGAAGUGUGAGAAGUUUUCUGCCAAUAGGCGCAGUGAGGCUGGAGGUUCAGGAUCUGGCAUUUCCAGGCACGCAUGCGGUUCUGUUUCACAGUACACCCACCAGCGGAGGAUGAGGGAAAGACUAGGCAGAGAACCACAUCCUCAUGAGCUUUUUGAGACCACACAUAAGAGAAAGGGAACGGAGGAGUUUGUUGAUGCGAGAUCAAAAGCUAUUUAUGAUAAAUACGUACAACUGAAGGAGGCUGCUACACAUCAACAGGAGGGAAGCAAUGAGCCGACGCCCAUAAAUGAGGCCCAACUGUACUACGAAGCGGUUGGCGGACAGAAAAAGAGUCGAGUUUAUGGGUUAGGGUCCCAGGCCUCAGCAUAUUUUCAUGAGCCAUCUCAUUGUUCUGCAUCAUACACGUCUGCACCCCCAGUGGAUCCUCCUACAAUUGAAACAAUGAACAGGAUGCAGAAUAAAAUUGAUCGGCUAGAGACAGAGAAUAGUCAAAUUACCACAAGGCUGGACAAGUUGCAGACGAUUAUGCAUAGGAUGAUAGCACAACAGGGUAUUGGGACAUCCACUCAGACAUCUGGUCCUACGGCACCUCCAGCUCCGUCUCCACAGCAGCAUCGUGAUGAUGCUCCUGUCAUUGGUGAUCAUCAUACAGAUAGUGAUGAUGAUACAGAUGAUGAGCUAGCUAGUUUAGUUUAG